CACCUUCCCUCCACAAGACCAAACAACCACACUACCUUCCCCGAGUUUUCUCACUACAAUUUAAAAAAAAAAACAAAUGGCUUCGUCCCUGCUAACACUCGCAGCAGCAGCAGUCACUGUCAUGAUUCUUAGCCUACUGCUUGGACCUGCAGAGCAAGUUAGCGGACUGCGUCAUAUUCCCAAGUCCCAUAAGACCACUGAUGUCAAACACCCUGAGUUUCUUGUCACCAUUGAGCCCAAACCAACUAUUCUCAUCCCCGGUGUUGGAAGGUUCUUGCUUCCUCCCAAAUGUAAGAAACCAUUCUACCCAUACAAUCCCGUCACUGGAGCUCCCCUUACUGGCGGGUCUAUCGGUGGUCAAAUCCCAUCAUUUGGUGGUGGACAAGGAGGCGGAGCUCGCACCCAGCUCCCUGGUGGCGAUGAUACCCUUGUCCCAAACCCCGGAUUUGAAACUCCAACCCCGGCCACUGGAGCUGGCGCUGGAAACAACGGCCAAGUUCCUCCGGUGCCACUACCCUGAUUUCUUUUUCAAUAUCUGUCAACAAAUAAGCAUUUCUUUAAUGCAAAAGUGUCUAUUUGAGUCUUACCUUCUGGUUUACUAGCCGUCACCUUAAGAGUCAUAUGUUUGUCAUCUCUCUCUUUCUUUUUGGAAGAGAGAAUCUUGUGUCUUAUGCCGUCAGAAGAAAUCUAAAGCAUUUGUUUACAUGCCAUUA